AAGUGAUUAACGUCAAAGGGAUUGACUGUAUGCAAAAUUUAGGUAAUGGCGCAAAAAACUAUUACAAGAUAAAGAAGAAUAUUCGGGCGUUGGCAUUAAAGGACUAUGACAAGGUGAUUGGGCCGUCAUCGCAAGGACAAAUGCCCGCACGGAAAGUGUGGUUCUCUCUGCGAGUCAAGAAGCUCAGCGAAAUUAGCACAAAAUAUCAGUAUCUCAAAGUCAAGGCCAUGAUUGAAAUGAAAUGGUAUGAUUACUUAUUGAAGUGGGACAAGAAUAAACACAGCAAAGUCACAUAUGUUCACUAUCUUUCAAACGAGAUCUGGAAGCCAGAUAUCACGCUUCUCAACGAUGAUGAUGAAGAACGUGACAAAAAACUUAAGGUACACAGACUUAUUGUGAAUAGCAAUGGGAAAGUACUUUGGAGAUUUCCAACUACACUUGUSAGCUCAUGUUCACUGGAUGUCACCAGAUGGCCUAUGGACACCCAAGAAUGUAAACUAAUGUUUGGCUCGUCUGCUUUUGGUCAGAGACGCUUGAAAAUAAUUGGAGUCAACAAAACACAAAACGCAUCCAUCUCAAGUGGUGAAUGGUCACUGAAGUCAAUCAAAAUGCACGAGGGAUUCUACGAUCAUGGCGACGGCAGGAACUACUCAAUGGUUCAAUACAAGCUGACUAUUGACCGUAAACCAGCAUAUACGCUUUUCUACCUCUCUCCUCCUUCCAUCAUUCUUGCUAUUUUGACCUUUAUGAGCUUCUGCAUCCCGUCAGAGAGUGGGGAGCGUAUUGGUUUUGUCACUACCAUCCUUUUGACUAUGAUGGUAUUUUUACUAUUGCUUCCCGAGUACCUCCCCCGGACCUCUGAUGGGUUGCCUGUGUUGGGUAUCCUGCUAAUUGUGGCUAUGGUGAUCAUAGCCAUUGUUCUCAUGGCAACCAUCGUCAUUGUGAAGUUUUACCAUAGUGAAGGGUUCCCUCCCUCCUGGAUUCAAAAGCUUUUUUGCUUUUUGAGCCCCUUCGAGGGGUUUUCAUUGAAGAAGACCCUUCCAAUGUCAUUCCUGGGCAAAAUUGGCAGGAAAGUUUCUUCGGGUCAGCUGCCAUUCACAAUCACUCCAAAUGAGGUCGAGCUUGAGACCAUCUCUUCCCUGCCGUUUGAGCCCAGAAUUGCCUUUGGUGAAGACGUCAAAAAGAUCACAUGGAAAGAUUUGUCAAUCAGGUUGAACUGGUUCUUGUUUGGAAUCAUUCUUUGUGCCUUUUUGAUCACAUGUGCAUAUCUUUUCUCUCUAAACUAAGCCACUGAAAUAAGAGUAAUACUUGCUUUAACUGAAAUACAAACAGCAAUAUUGUCCAGGAAAUGUACCAGUCAAUAGUUUUUGUUUCUUUGUUUGAGUUCAUUAGUCUGCUUUUGUAAUGUAAAGCCUCAUCUGUAACGAAAGUAAAUCUAUUCAAAUUUUCGCUUACACGUCAA